GGGAUUCUCGCGCAAAUCAUCUUUCAAAAGCACAAUUUUCACAUGGAAUUUAUAGAUCUACGGAUAUGGCUGCUUCCAUUUGACCAUAAAAAUCAGACCAGCAUGAUUUUUCGGUGAUACCCACAUGCCUCUGCCAUGCCUUUCAGAAGACAGCGGAAGGGAGAUAUCCCUAAAAGAACAGCUGGUCCGUCCCCAGGACCUGAAUCCUUUCUUUUGAGCAAAAUGGAGACUUUAGAAAAAGGGCUCCCUGCUUCACCAGUAUCAAGCCGCAGCCAUAGCCUUUGUUCUGAAAUUGUAAGGAUCGAGCAACAAGUGUCAGAUCCAGACUCACCAGAGAGAACUAAGUUUGGAGCAAUCAUCAACAGAGUGAGGCAUGCCUUAGUUUUUCAUACCACCCAAAGAUCUUCUCGAGAACCCAGGCCAGAUUCAUUUCUGGAAAAAUUUACUUCUGGACAACCCAAGCAAGAAGAUCAAGACGACAUUGGUGCUACACGCUUUCACAGGUUGUUCGGUUCCUUGGUUUUGGAUCCUGCUUCUUCCUUACAUUAUCGGUGGCUCUGCCUAAUAUCUGGUGCUGUGCUGUACAAUGUUUUGGGGAUCGUCGCCCGCGGCGUUUUUUGGGAGCUUCAAAACUUAUGUCCAGGUCUUUGGCUUAGCUUGGAUUGUACCUGUGAUCUAUUAUAUGUCCUUGACAUUGCAGUUCAUUGCAGAACAGGCUACUUAGAGCAAGGGUUGCUUGUCAAAGAUCGGUGUAAAUUAAUUCAAAAUUAUGCCUCUUCAAUUUCCUUCAAGUUGGAUCUACUGAGCUUGCUCCCUACUGAUCUGUUAUACUUGGCUACAGGGAUUUCAUGCCAUCCUGGACGUGUUCCCUGUGGAGUAAUUAUAAGGAUCAAUCGGCUGUUCCGGUUCCCUCGCAUGACCGAGUUCUUUGAUCGUACUGAGACUCGAACAAACUUUCCGUAUGCCUUCCGAAUUGCAAAGCUAGUUUUCUACAUACUUGUUAUCAUUCACUGGAACGCUUGUUUCUUUUUUGCAAUGAGUUACGCUAUUGGAUUUGGGACAGAUUCUUGGGUAUAUAAGAAUAUAUCUGAUCCUAAGUAUGGUUCAUUAAGUCAUCAGUACAUAUACAGUUUUUAUUGGUCCACAUUGACGCUAACAACGAUUGGAGAAGUUCCGGUUCCUGAACAAGACAUCGAAUAUCUUUUCGUGGUUGUGGAUUUUCUAGUUGGGGUGCUCAUUUUUGCUACGAUUGUCGGCAAUGUCGGCAGUAUGAUUACCAAUAUGAACGCAGCAAGAGCAGAGUUUCAGAGCAAAAUGGAUAAUGUGAAACAAUACCUGGAGUUUCGCAAAGUAGGUCAAGACUUAGAGAACCGCGUAAUCAAAUGGUUCGAAUACUUGUGGAUAAAUAAGCAGUCUCUGGACGAAAGUGAUGUCACCUCGACACUGCCUGACAAGCUAAAAGCCGAAAUUGCCAUCCAUGUUCAUCUCGACACCCUAAAGCAAGUUCGUAUAUUCCAAGACUGUGAACCAGGACUGUUGGUGCAGCUUGUUCUCAGGUUGCGACUGCAAGUUUUUAGUCCAGGGGACUACAUCUGUCGCAAAGGUGACGUGGGUAAAGAAAUGUACAUCGUGAAAAGAGGACGUUUGCAAGUGGUUGGAGAUGAUGGUCGAACUGUCUUCGCUACUUUAGGAGAUGGUUCAGUGUUCGGGGAACUGAGCUUGCUAAAUAUUUCAGGGGUCAAGACAGGAAAUCGACGUACGGCCAAUGUUCGAUCUGUCGGCUACUCCGACCUUUUCUGCCUCUCCAAAGAAGACCUUUGGGAGGUCUUGGAGGAAUACCCAGAGGCUCAGAAGUUGUUGAUUGAACGAGGCAAGCAGAUUUUAAUAAAAGAUGGUCUUCUGGAUGAAGAAGCGAUGAAAGCAUCUGAAAAGGUUCAAGAAUCUUUGAACGACAAAGUUGAACGUAUGGAGAACACGGUAGAGAUUUUGCAAACGAGACUUGCUAGGCUACUAGCAGAAUUUGUGUCUUCCCAAAAUCUGCUGAAACAAAGAAUCUAUAAAUUGGAAAAUGAGGAGUCAAUCCUGGCUGCUUCUGCUAUUGACAAAAUUGAAAAUAAUGGAGACAUCUUCCAAAGUUCCAUCCCGGAGAAAGAAAAUAUUGGUGAUAAAACGAAGGAGUGAUUGCUUCUACAAACUAUGCAUAGUGAUUAAAAACUUUGCUUAUGUUUUUUAUUCUCUGGAACUAGAAAAAUAAUUCGCAAAUAAAAUUUGC